AUGUUUGGCGGCCCCAAUGUCUGGGUAGGCCCCCGGAUAGCACCACUGCCCGCCUACCUCAAGAACGAUGUCUCCGAAGGCGAAGAGUCGAGCGAGGCGAUCCUCAACCGGCAGCUCGCCUCGGAGAAUGGCACCUCGAUCCAGUACCGGACCUGCUCGUGGCAGAAGACGGCCGCGCUGCUCUUCAGCGAGUACAUCUGCCUGGCCAUCAUGAGCUUUCCCUGGUCUUACAGCGUGCUGGGCCUCGUCCCGGGCCUGAUCCUGACCGUUGUGGUCGCCGGCAUCGUGCUCUACACGAGUCUGGUCCUGUGGGAGUUUUGCCUGCGGCAUCCAGAGGUGCGCGACGUGUGCGACAUUGGCCAGAUGCUCUUCUGGGGCAAGGAAUGGGCGUGGUGGGGGACCGCCAUCAUGUUUGUCCUCAACAACACCUUCAUCCAGGCGCUCCACGUCCUGGUGGGCGCCGAGUACCUCAACACCAUGACGGAGAGCGACAACAUUGCCGGGUGCCGCACCGUCGAGUUUGGCGUCGUGGUGACCAUCAUCUGCCUGAUUGGGUCGCUGCCUCGCACGUUCAGCAUGAUGUCCAAGCUGGGCACGGCGUCGGCCAUCUUCACCUUCAUCUCGGUGGUGCUGGCGACCAUCUUUGCGGGCAUCCAGGACAAGCCCGCGGGCUUCACGGAGAAGCUGGGCUCGCCGUUGGUCACGGCCAUUCCCGUCAAGAGCACUACUUUUGUCAAUGGCAUGUCGGCGUUCCUCAACAUUAGCUACACCUUUAUCGGCCAGAUUACGCUCCCAAGCUUCAUUGCGGAGAUGCGAGAUCCUCGGGAGUUCCCCAAGUCGCUGUGGGCUUGCACAAUCGCCGAAAUCAUCGUCUUCUCCAUUGUCGGCGGCGUCAUCUACGCCUACACCGGCAACCAAUACGUCACGGCGCCGGCUUUUGGAUCAUUGGACGACAUGUACAAGAAGGUUUCCUUUUCCUUCAUGAUCCCCACGCUCAUCUUCCUGGGGUGCCUGUACGCCUCCGUGACGGCCCGCUUCGUCUUCUUCCGCGCGUUUCGCAACUCGGUGCACCUGCACAGCCAUACCAUUGUGGGCUGGGGAAGCUGGGCCGGCAUCCUGCUCGUCACCUGGGUGUUUGCUUUCAUCAUUUCUCAGGUCAUCCCCUUUUUCUCUUCGCUCCUGUCCGUCAUGUCAUCCCUCUUCGACAGCUGGUUCGGCUUCAUCUUCUGGGGCGUUGCCUACCUGCGCAUGCGAAACGCAGACAAGCAGGUUGGUAGGAAACGCAACGGCCUUGUGUCGGCGUUUGCCACAGCCGUCAACAUUGCCAUCAUCAUCAUUGGCAUCUUCUUUUUGUCCGUGGGCACGUAUGCCAGCGUACAGGGCAUCGUGGAUGCAUUCGAUGCCGGCACGGUGCACGGCGUGUUUUCCUGCAAGAGCAACGGAAUAUGA